AUGCUCUUCUUCCUCGCGUCGGUACUCGCAUUUUCCACGACACCAGAGCCUACGCCAGAGCCCGCACCCACACCGACGCCCGAGCUGCCAAUCUUCGACGAGUCGUGCGGUCAGCCGAGCUCGUGCUGCUGGGACUGCGGCACCGCAGCGGGCUGCACCCUCGGCUCCAGUGACUCAGCGGUUUGCUGGGACCAGUGCUCGAAGUGCUGCGCCGGCACCGGAGAGGCGUGCUGUGACGACAUCGAGAGGGGGCUGAGCCUCGAGCGCACGUACACGGGAUGCGACGGCUUUGCCCAAACCGACGCCGGCUCCUGUUCGGACAAGCUGUACCCUUUUGAGAUCAUGUCCAACCUCUUCCCCGUCAAGCCGCUUCAGACUGUCCGCGUCUUCAAUCAGGACGACAACCUUCUGCGACGGGCGCGGUGGCCCCACCCGCGCCCGGCCAUGCGGCCUGGCCCCUCCUUUUUCUUAUGA